AUGGCGUCGAACCUACAGACUGUCGAGAACAAAGGCAUCUACCGCGCUCUCCCAACCUAUCCACCCUCCAUCCACUCCCUUACAGCCCUCAUAACCGGCACGAACGGCAUCUCCGGCUACCACAUGGUCAAAGUCCUAUCCUCCGCGCCUCAACGCUGGAAGAAAAUCUACUGCCUCUCCCGCCGUCCACCACCCGAGUACUUCUUCUCCAACCUUGGCGAGGGCGCAAGUCGUGUUGAGCACAUCACCGCUGAUUUCUUGACUGACGGCGAGACGAUUGCGAAGCACCUGAAGGGUAAGGUUGAGGAGGUGGAUCAUGUGUUUUUCUCCUCCUACAUGCCGCAGCCUAAUGAGAAGGGAGGUGUGAGCAGGAUGUGGUCUGAUGCUGAUGCUUUGGUUGAUGUGAAUGUUAAGUUGUUGAAGAACUUCCUAGAUGGAUUGAAGGUGGCGAACUUGGUGCCGAAAAGGUUCAUGCUCCAGACUGGAGCGAAGCAUUAUGGGUUUCAUAUCGGUCCUGCUACGAAUCCUUCAUUUGAGUCGGAUCCGAGGGUGAAGUUGGAGAGCAACUUCUACUACAAUCAGGAAGAUCUGCUGGCUGAGUAUUGUGAAGAGACUGGAGCGGCUUGGAAUGUGGUGAGGCCUUCGUAUAUCAUCGGCGCUGUAAGGGACAACUCCCUCAACUUCUGGCCCGGAAUCGCAAUCUAUGCAGCCGUGCAGAAGGAGCUCAGAAAAUCGUUGGAGUUUCCGGGCGAUUUUGCGGCCUGGGAUAAGGAGCAGUGUCAAAGCACCGCAAUGCUAAAUGCCUACUUCGAAGAAUGGACCGUCCUCUCCCCCCCACACCGCCAAUGA